AUGCGCUUACCACUCCUUCUCCUCUCGACACUCGGCCUGCUGUACUCGGCCGAGGCCGCGCCGCCGCCCCACGCCGGCCGACCCCUGCAGCGCCCCCGCCCCGGCACUUCCGUCUUUGAGCCGAAGCGCAUGGUCAAGACGGCGCGCGAGGUGUCCAAGGGCCGCCACGACGGCGAGCUGCACGAGCUCCUCUCCCACGCCGACCCGUACCUUUCCAAGGGCCCCUGGACGGUCACUUCCAAGACGAUGGACGUCCCCGAUGGCACUCGCGUGUACUUCCUCUCCCUCGCGUGGUGGCACACGGACAAGCCCGAGUACCGGAAGAAGUGUGGCGAGGUCCUCCGCACCUGGUUCAUCGACGAGAAAACCAAGAUGACUCCUCAUCUUCUUCAUUCGCAAAUUGUGAAAUGCAAGAACACUGGUCGUAGCAUUGGGAUAAUUGACUUCGCACAGCAGUAUACAGACGUUAUUGACGCUGUAGCGCUGCUGGAUAUCACCCACGAUGACGCCUGGAGCGAUGCCGACAGCGAGGCGUUCAAAAAUUGGAACCGACAGUACCUCGAUUGGCUCAAGAACUCUAACUUCGGCAAGGAGGAGCUUGCAGCGAAGAACAACCAUGGAACGUUCGCUGCUAUGCAGAUUGCGGCGAUUGCGGCCUGGCUCGGCGACAUCGGCACGGCUCGUUCUCAGCUCGAGGCUCAGCGCGACCUUAUUCCGCAGCGCAUCGCCGCAGACGGCUCCCAACCCCAGGAGAUCGUUCGCCCCACCUCCUAUCACUACUCUACGUUCACUCUUGUCGCUUGGCUGCGUAUGGUCGCGAUUGGACAGCGCGUCGGCGUCGACCUCUGGGGCUACACUGGCCCGAACGGCGAGUCCAUCCCCAAGGCGGUCGAGUACAUUAUCCCAGCAGCCAAGGGCGGUGAGUGGCCACACGAGGAGCUCCACAUGAAGCGUUUCGCGGCCUACGGCAUUGUGCACUUUGCCGCCGACAUGGGCAUGAGGAGUGCCCAGGAGGCCCUGCCCAGCCUCGAGACCGCGCCAACGGGAGCGUUCUGGAACCUCGGGCCUGCGGUGCAGCAGCUCGACUCGAUCCUCCUCGACCAGGUCCAGGUGUAG